AUGAGACCGUCCGGCGGAGUUCUGUACCUGUUCCUGGCGCUAACCGUGGUCCGUGCCGCGCCUGUCCACCCGCUAGCGAGACGGUCCGUGAUCGAGACGGUCUACAUCGAUGAGAGUCCGGGGUACGGGCGGGAGGGGUCGGGCCUGGACCCCGACACCGACGUCUUCAUCGGCCGGCCGGACUCAGGGCACGAGACGGAGCCGUCAGUCGGGAACGGCAUGGCGGGGUUAUCACCCGGACAACAGUGCCGUGAGAGGUGGGGCCGCGCCCUGAUGGAGUGUUUCCAUGACUACCGCCGCGCCAUGAACGACCUUGGCGAGCUGCUGCUGUCCGCUGCAGGACAGACGCUCUUCUGCGGUGUCCAGAUGGAGCUGUACCAGUGUUACCAGACCGUUCUGGACCAGCCGUUCUGUGCGCAGGACAACGAGAUUGACUCGCGCCGGACAAAAAUACAGACGGACAUGCGCGUCAUCCGCCAGAAGUGCAACGACUUCCGGUAGAACGGGGAGAAUAUAGAGAAGACUUUAAGACGUUGUCAACAAGAUAUUCUAUAAGACAGAAGACUAGUAUAAGCUGGAUCACAGUAUAAGCUGUGUAUGCGCAGUGUGAUGCAUUAUGGGUAAUAGGUCAAAGUUGACGGCCCCCAAGACAU